ACUCUUUCUUUUGUGUGUGACUCGAGGUGAAUACUAUGGUUUGUGAAUUUUUUACCAGUAAAUAGACAUUUACACUUUUUCUUAUCUUGCAUAGAACUUGUUAUUAAUUUGUUACUCAUUUGGAGUUGUCAGGAAAAUUCAUUUCCAAAACUGUAUAAUAUGUUUGAUUGUAUUCAUUUAUGGGUGUAUUCUGGAUGCAACAUAACAGUUUACUGUGGUUUAGAAAGAUACAAUCAACUUUAAAAGGAAUGAGUUACUUAAAUGAUAAAUAUUAAACCAAGUUUCAGAUGUUUGACUUUACUACUUAUGAUGUUGAAACGGAAGAAAGAGAGGUGACAAAAGAAACACGUUGUGGAGUGUUUGGCUGUUACCCACCAUGGCUGCAGAUACUGGCCAGCAAGAAGAGCUAUGUGAUACUGUUUGGUUUAGUAGGCAUGAACCAGCUGGCCAUUGGAUCAUAUGCUGUUGCCACCAUCACCACACUGGAGAAAAGGUUCAAAAUACCGAGUCAGACUUCAGGGAUAAUCACGGGAUCAUGGGACUUUGGGACAAUCUGUUCAUCAAUAACAAUAGCCUACAUCGGUAGUAAGGGCCAUAAGACUCGAUGGGUGGCUCUAGGCACUCUGCUUGUUAGUGUGGCCUGCUACUCACAACUACUGCCUUACAUUCUGUUCGGACCAGGGAGUGAUGCUAUAGCCAUUGCUCAGUCAUCCAACUCUACUGAUAAAACUUCUAUCGCCUCCAGCUGUGGCAUGGGUGCGUUGUACAGUGAGGAUUGUUAUGAUGGCAACACAUCCUCAACUCCAGCCAUACUCAUCUUCAUGUCACAGUUUCUGCUGGGUGUUGGAGUUUCCAUGUACUGGACCCUAGGGAUAGCAUAUCUCGAUGACAAUGUUAGAAAAAAUCAAACUCCAUGGCUCAUUGCAAUUUCAUCAACAAUCCGCCUGUUCGGGUCACCAAUAGGUUUUUGGGUGGCAUCUAAGGCAGUGGAAUUUUACGUAGACCCCACUCUCUCGCCCCCCAUCACUGAUAAGGAUCCGCGGUGGAUUGGAGCAUGGUGGAUGGGCUGGAUUCCUUUUGGUAUAAUUGCAUCCAUUUUCUCAGUUCUUUUAUCGCUUUUCCCCCGAGUGCUUCCAAGAGCUUCACAACGGCUGAAAGAACAGGCUCGAGUUGAAGUUAAAACAGAAGAAAAAACAGGAAAUAACACUUUUGGUGGAUUUUGUCAGAUGCUCAAGCGGCUGUUUAGAAAUCGUCUGCUACUUUGUAAUACUUUCAGUUAUGUCUUUUACAUGUUUGGAGUGUUGUUUUACUAUGUAUACAUGCCAAAAUAUAUGGAAAGUCAGUUCCACAUGACAGCUUCAGAUGCAAACAUGAUUACAGGAAACGUAGGACUAAUUAGUUCAGCAAUUGGUGUGAUCGCAUCUGGUUAUGUGGUGUCAAGCUUCAAGCCAUCAGCCAGAAUGAUUACAGGAUGUAAUUUUGGUGUAGAAGCUCUUGGAGUGAUAUGUAUGAUUGUUUAUGCUCACCUGGGCUGCCAAGGGAACAAUUUACAUGGGCAAUGGGCUGCAGAUGGAAGCUGGGACCUGAAUCAACAGUGCAAUAGUGAAUGUAACUGUGGUCCUUCAGUGCCUUAUGAGCCAGUAUGUGAUCUAACUAGGUCUGUCACAUUCUUCUCCCCUUGUCAUGCUGGCUGCUCUGAAGUCGUCUUCUAUGAGGGUGUAAAGAUGUUUAAAAACUGCAGCUGUAUCCCAGAAACAUUCACUGCUGUGGACUCGUUCUGCCCUGUCGACUGUCAAUAUGACCUCAUAAUAUUCCUUGUCAUAUUCUGUAUUAUGAGCCUCUUAUCGUCCAUGAGUCAUUCUGGUCUCGUCAUCAUCCAGUUCAGAACAGUUGAUCCAGAGGAUAAGUCCGUUUCUAUUGCGCUGUCGGAGAUGAUGUGCAGUGCCCUGGCAUACAUUCCAGCACCUAUUAUCUAUGGGUAUCUGAUAGACAAAUCUUGUAUGGUGUGGGGUCAGACAUGUGGAGAGAGGGGCAACUGUUGGCUGUAUUUUGGUGAAACACUUCGCUACUAUGCAAACUACACUUCUGCAGGGUUUCUAACAGUUGCUCUGGUGUUUGAUUUUGGUACUUGGUAUUACUCCAAGAACCUUGCCCUCUAUGAUGAGGACUGUACCGAGGACACAAACCAUCAACUACAAGGAGAGAACAAUUCAAAGCGUAAAAAACAGAGCCUCAUCCAAGAUGAAGCUUUAUAACACUGUGGAUAAGUCAUGGAUGUAUUAGUAUUUAAUGUUUAUAUGUUAAUGAAAUACUGUAAAAUAGUUCUUGUUAAGUUAUUACUCAAUGAUUUGUAAAAAAAGUUUCUUCUUCCAGAUCA